AUGGGGGACUCGAAAGUAGAUUUAAUAUUGAAUAACUUCUACAGCAAGACGUUGCAUCUGCUACUGGAGAGUAGAGUGGCGCUACCGGAGACCAAGACGCGGGUGUCCAAGUGGUUCAAUAUACAAACGACAGAUAGUGGAAGUAGCUUGUUCCACAAUGAGCUGAGCACGUGGAAGAAUCUCUCCAACACAACGCAAAUCCCGCCAAUGGUGGUUGAAUUCAUACUCGAUUCCUCCGACAUACCGCCGAAUCAGGCGUGUCUAUUUGUCGACAACCAGAAUAAGCGCAACACGGUGCAGGAGAGCGUAGUGCUAGAGCGGUGGACGCUGCAACUCACUGGCAGUGGCAGCGCUAGUGGUACACAAGAGGAGCUACCUGUAGUGUACAAGCGGUCGAUAGUGUUAUUCCGUGCUCUAUACACCCUCCUACGACUGCUACCGCUAUAUGGACUGAUUCGCAGGCUUAGGCGGUGUCAUUCGCGUGGAUUAAAUAUCGGAUGCAGGCUCAGCGCAGAGAAGGGCGCAUCUGAGGGUGUGUUGCCCAUCGAUGCACAGUUAUCGCAGGACACAGCGAGCAAUGCUACAGACAUUCACCGAUUUAGCCCUAUAAAUACUCCCGUAGGGACAUUCAACCUCAGUGUGGACUAUCGCCGGUCUAUCAACUUUAUUGUUGACGAUAUAGAGUCCCUGCUGUCUUCGCACUUUGUAGAUGAGGAUUAUUACACACCGACGCUGACUAAGCAUCGUUCUACGUCUGGUGAGAAGGUGGACAAGGCGGAGAAGGGCGAAGAGGGCAACGUCGUGCGUGAUUACGUGGCGCGUACGGGUGCAAGCAGAGUGCGCACUUCGAGCAACCUCUCUAACCUCUCGCCGCGCACUACGUCUUACUCGUCGUCUCCCUCAGUGCGCCCAUUGAGUAUGUACGGAGCAUCGCCUUCACCGUCGUUUACAGGAGUCGGUGCACAUUCAUAUCAGCGCAUGAAUACCGCCAACACCACUAAUACCACAAACACGGCAAUCAGUAUACCCGAGAAUCAGUCGAGCAGCUCUUCUACGACGAACCGACGAUACUCAUCAAGCUUCGGCUACAGACGUACAUCUUCCAUCGGUGGUUCGAGUGGGGAGAGUGUGAUCAAACCACUAGCGUCACCCACGCAACCAACUCAUCCAUCACCACCGGUGGGGGUAUCACGCAAAAUAUCGACAAAACUAUCAUCAUCGCUGGCAGAGGAGGAUAUUGGUGUGGAUAUAGACGACGAUAACGAUAUUGGGGAGUUUAUAAAGAUGAUCGAUGAGAAACCUCAAUUGAAAUCGAGAACUGCGCAGUCAGUCAAUACGAUAACGAAACAGGAACUCAAUGAAAAGAUAAAAAUGAUGAGUGUGUCCAGUCUUGCUAACAAAGAGGUUCAAGAUGCAAAAGAGGAAGAAAGGCAGGAUUUCGGUGAAGUCGUCGGACAGAUGGAUUUCGAUGAGUUGGAUGUACGCAGGAGUAUGUCGGCUCCUAUAUCCACCACCUCGAGUAGAGCGCAGACUGGGGUAAAUGCAGUGAAUGCAGCUCUCACGGCUGCUACUUCGCCUGAUGAUAAAGCACCUCUUUUCUACGAUGUUGGCGCGAGUAGAGGGAGAAGUAGUUCGAGGCAGAGGUAA